CAGAGCCACAGAUCAGUCCGCGGCGUGCGCAGAAGCGAUGCGCAAGUGAAUUACUCCCUGGCAACAUAGCGGCUGCAUAUAAACCUUUUAACAAAAAAAAAUGAAGACUCAAGAGAAGAUCAACAUCAGCCACAUAAGCGGAGCAGUGGUAGCAGUCAACGACCAAAGCGUGGAAGAGGGCUACAAAGGAUUUGCAUCACGGCAGCAGAGCUUGGAGAGCAAAAGCCACUUGGAUAACGUCAGCACCGACGGGCAUCCCCACCAUGUUACGCACCCCACUUCGUACUUGGACACGUUGCUGCAUCUGUUCCGUGGCAACAUCGGCUCCGGCUUGCUGGCCAUGGGAGACGCUUUCAAGAAUGGCGGCAUCGUUUUCUCUCCCAUCAUGACCGCUGUCCUUGGCAUCAUCUGCGUACAUUCGCAACAUUUAUUGCUGAACUGUUCAGAGGAGAUGUACAGGAAAACAAAGAGAGCUAAGCCCCCGGGGUUCGCGGAUACUGUGUCACUGGUGUUCCAGUACGGACCGGCGCGGCUGAAGCCUCUGGCGCCCGCCAUGAAAUUGCUGGUCAACACCUUCCUCUGCAUCACACAGCUGGGUUUCUGCUGCGUUUACAUCGUCUUCAUUGCCAACAACGUUAAAAUGAUAUGUGACCAGUACGAUAUCCAUAUAGGCCUGUCCGUUCACAUGAUUUUCGUGUUUGUGCCAGUUCUGUUGAUAUGUAUGAUACGGAAUUUGAAGUAUCUGACUCCAUUCUCCACUCUUGCCAAUGUACUGAUGGCGAUAGGCGUGGGCGCUGUACUAUAUGAGGCCACCCAGGACUUGCCUUCGGUGGAGUCGAGAGUGUACUUGGCGUCUUGGUACCAACUACCUUUGUAUUUUGGAACUGCAGUUUACGCUUUCGAGGGAAUUGGUUUGGUGUUGCCUCUGAAGAAUGAAAUGCGCAAUCCGGAGCAGUUCCAGAAGCCGCUAGGAGUAUUGAAUGUAGGCAUGGUGGUGGUCGCCAGCAUAUUCAUCACGGUCGGAUUCCUCGGAUACCUCAAGUGGGGUGAAGAUGUCGCUGGAAGUCUUACUCUUAACUUGAAGCCUGGAUAUGUCAUAAGCAUGACAGUACAGAUACUCAUAACCCUGGCGAUGCUGCUCACGUACCCGCUGCAGUUCUACGUACCUGUCGCGAUCACGUGGCCUGCCUUACGCAAGAAGUACGGACAAAAGUCACCUGUUAUGAAGGAGUAUGUUUACAGAUCCAUUUUGGUGCUCGUUACUUUCAUGCUUGCCGAGUCGAUACCGCAGCUGGGCUUGUUCAUCUCGCUUGUGGGCGCAGUGAGCAGCACUGCUCUCGCGCUCAUGUUCCCGCCCAUCAUCCAGCUCGUGUAUACGUACCAGAACGACAAUGGCAUCCCGCCGCUCAUGGGCCUUAAGAACGCCUGCAUCAUACUGCUGGGAGUGUUCAUUUUCAUAACUGGCACAUAUGAAAGCAUCGCUUCCAUUGUCCGCGCAUUUUAAGCUAUUCGAUUUAGAAGAAAAUUAAGUAAGCAAAAGGAAGAAUAAGAUAUAAAUAAAGGCACAGUGGAAUACCUACUGAUAAGUUUAAUCAGAACAAACAGAGAUUUUCAAUAACAUGUUUCAUCACCGAGAGAGAGAUGGCGCAGACAUUUUAUGAAAAUAAUCAAUAGAUGACAUUGACACUUACACUCUGAUUGUAGAUAGAUAUGUGAUAAUCAUAUAUAUAUUAUUAUUGCCAGCCCAAUUAUCACUUUACAAUAGUAGUUCCGUCUUGCGAUUGGGUGCGUUGUGUUUGAUUUUAGUCUCGAAGCCUAUUCAUAGAGGACCUACCUUCGGAGGUGGGUUUUGGAGCUCCACUGAGUUGUUUCAAUUUGAGUCGAUGAGCAAAUCAGGAUCAUAUUGUUCGAUUUUAUAUAACGAUCAUAAUCAGAUGGUAAUGAAAACGACCAGGAUCAAAGUGCUCUCCGAGUCCCGGGACACAUCAUUCAUUUCCCAACUCCAGGUUUUAUUUUCCCUUUAGGAGAAAAAAAACCUCAAUCUCCUUCUUCGUCCCAGCAUUACGUUCUUACACCUGCAUCUCACUUUAACCUGUGUUACCGUUCAAAAUAAGAACAGUGAGACAUGGGUUGAUAUUCCCAUUUUCCUAUUUCCACCGUGUAAAUUAAAUUGAUGAGCUGAAUCGUAUAAACUUUUUUUUUUAAUCAUUUUGUCAAAAUGUACGUAACCAACUAAAAUAAAACACAAGCCUCUAUACGAACUUAGCUUCCAUAAUGAUUAGCAUAAGUUAUGUACAUGUAAAAAAAGUAAUUUAAGUAAGUAGAUACAUAUAGUGUUAUUUAUAUUUACAUUUUUGUACUGUGAUACGGCUGUGUCUGGAUUAUACCUAUAGAUAGUUAAUAAAAUUUACAUAUUUCUAGAACUGCAAUGAAUAAAUCGGGCUUAUGCCAAAUACCGAAUACUCAGCAAAAUUGUCUUGAUUUCCGAAUAUUAUGUAUUAAGUAUUCGGCCGGUGUAUAAGGCCAAAACUAGUUAUGCUUUUUUGUAAUGAAAAAAAAAAAACAUUUUUAUCUUAAAUUUGUUAUGUUCAAAUUAUUCAAUAUUUAUCAUUUUUAAGCAACUUUUUAAAUAUAUAUUCAUACAAUUCAAAAGAUAGGUGUGGUCAUAAACCAAUUGCCUAUAGCUGUCAUUGCUGUCAAACGACCACUAUUUCCUUAACCUUUGCAAUGUUAUAUCACUUGGACUAUAAGACAAUUAUAAUAUUUCUAAAGUAGUGAUAGUUCAGAAGUUAUGAGAAACCGGACAAACAUACAUACCGGUCAGUCAUAUGCCCUCCAUAGUCAAGUAAAAAUAAAUUUAUAAUUAUUUUCUUUUGUUUGACCAAUUACCUAUCUCAUUUUAACAUAAUAUGAAUGAAUUAUUUAAUAUUCGGCUAAAUAUAAUAAAAGUAGCUGAUUAGGCCAAAUACCGAAUAGUAACGGAAUAUUCGUUGCAAGUCUAAUAUAGAUAAUAAUUAUAAUAUAUAAUGAUUAUAAAAGUAUUUGUUAUGGUGUAACAUUAAACACUAAUACGAAUUUUAAUUAUUAUCGAACGUUAACUAUUCAUUUUGGUAUAAACAUAAAACAUGGAGACUACAUGUACAAAUGCAAUUUAAAGUAUUGUAGUAGGUAUUAUUAUUUAUGUAGUUAAAAUGGUAGGUAUUAUUAUAUAUCGAUAAACUAUGUGCAAUUCAAUAAUUGUUACUGUAAUGCGUUAUAAGUAUUAAUUUGGACAAAGACUUUUUAUCGGAUCAUGAAUAAAGAACGAUGUAAUUUUA